GGGCAGCAAUGUGGGGGGACUUGUGUCAACAGAUCCAUAGACUUGUCCUAGAUAGAACCUGGCAGAUCGUUCACUGAACGCAACAAAUCCUGCAAAGUAUGGCCCAUCUACGAGACUUCCCGGUGAAGGGCUCCAGAAUGGAUCCAGAACACCUGUUUACGAAGUUGGAGCGGAUUGGGAAGGGUUCAUUCGGAGAAGUGUACAAGGGCAUAGAUAACCGUACCAAGGAAGUGGUGGCAAUAAAAAUCAUAGAUUUAGAAGAGGCGGAGGAUGAGAUUGAAGACAUCCAGCAGGAGAUCACCGUUCUGAGUCAAUGUGACAGUCCUUACAUCACCCGCUAUUAUGGCUCCUAUCUGAAGGGAUCGAAGCUGUGGAUUAUAAUGGAGUAUCUGGGAGGAGGAUCUGCACUAGAUUUACUGAAGCCUGGGCCACUGGAAGAGUCCUAUAUUGCCACAAUAUUACGGGAAAUCCUCAAAGGCUUGGAUUAUUUGCACUCGGAGAGGAAGAUCCACAGAGACAUCAAAGCUGCAAAUGUAUUGCUGUCUGAGCAGGGAGAUGUGAAACUGGCAGAUUUUGGGGUAGCCGGCCAACUGACAGACACCCAGAUCAAGAGGAACACAUUUGUGGGAACCCCUUUCUGGAUGGCGCCAGAAGUCAUCAAGCAGUCUGCCUAUGAUUUUAAGGCUGAUAUUUGGUCCUUGGGGAUUACAGCUAUUGAGCUCGCCAAAGGAGAACCCCCAUACUCAGAUCUACACCCAAUGAGAGUUUUGUUCCUCAUCCCCAAAAACAACCCUCCAUCCCUACAGGGCCAGCACAGCAAACCUUUUAAAGAUUUUAUAGACGCCUGUCUGAACAAAGACCCUCGACUAAGGCCUACAGCACGUGAGCUGCUGAAACAUCGAUUUAUUCUACGAUACACCAAGAAAACCUCUUUCCUUAUGGAACUGGUGGAGAGAUACAAGCGAUGGAAAGCUCAGGGUCACCGUGAUGACUCCAGUUCUGUUGAGUCUGACCUAGAUAAUGAAGAUGAGAGGAAUCAGAACCAGACUCCUCACUGGUCAUUUCCAGAAACCAUGCGCCCCUCCUCCAUGAGCAGAUUGCAGUGGGGAUACCAGCAGCAGUCAGCAGAGGCAAUAAAGCGCCUGCCUCGGUCACACUGUCUAUCUGCCCUGGUGACCCCUGUGUUCCAGGAGCUAAGGGAGCAGCGCUGUGCUGGAGCAUUCGGAUCUGUUCAGGAGCUGGAGAAUGCCUUCAGUUUAGCGGAGGAGUCCAGUCCUGGAAUCACGGACCAGCUCAUUUCUCACUUGGUUCAGCGUGUGCAGAGGUUCUCCUCUUCAUCCUGAGACCACAUUAUUGCUGCUUCACUCAUUCCCUCUUCAAGCCUCAGUAUGAACUGGGGCUGUACUGUGACUGGGAAAGUUACCACCAUGGCAUUACUUCAAGUAUAGUAUUCUUUAUUUUUUUGAUUGUAACAUACAAAAUGUUUACCAUUAUGUCUCAUCAACCAGUACUCAUGUACAAAAUAAACUGAC